AUGAAGCUUACCAACGCUCUCCUCUCGGCUACUAUCGCCUCGGCUACUCUCGCCUCGGCCAGGUUUAUCAACGGUACAAGCUCCUUCGACGUACAGCUGAAGGACAAAUUCUACAAACCGGCGGCGGAAUUUUUUUGGGACGUUGUUAACCACAAGAACGCGCAACUUUCCGAUAGUACACAUACAUGGAUUAUGGCUCUGACAACCGACGUACAGCCGUACAUACAAACCAUGGCCAACAAGGCCGAGUUCCUGCCUUAUCUCGCCCAACUGAACUCCAAGUUUCCGGACCUCGUCGAUAACGUUCGAGUUGCUGUUGCCAAUAGCAAGCCGUGGGUUCAGGAUCAACAGCGAUGCAGAGAUGCCAGAACGGCAGUCGGCGAUCUUCGAACCGCGUUGACACACUUUGCAAAAUUCAUUGCCCUGAGCCUAACGUCAAGCGGCUGGGUGGCCGACCGGAGCGCCGACGUUGUGUCGAAGGAGCACGAUGUCGAUGUAAUCCUGGCCAGGCUUACGCAGGAGUUCAAGGAAGGCAGCUGCAUCGAUCGCGUAGCCCGCAAUUAA